UUGGCAAUUUCACUGCACCAGCGGGGACUUGGCUUGAAGCCGAACGAGGGCGUCAAGACAGAAGAGUUUUGAGGCCGAUUUUGAUAUUUGGGUUUCCUUUGAGCACUCGUGCGUGCGUGUCUUGGGGUUCGAGUCCAACGUCAUUGUUGGGUUUGGGGAUCAGGAGGCUUCUAAGGCGUGAUUUCAGGAUUCGAGAGACACAUUGUUGUAUAGAGUGUUUGUUUUUGGUUUGGAGGUUCUUUUCCGCCCAACAAGUUUUAAUAGGCGCUGGAGUUGCUCGUAUGAUCAAGGUGCAUUGUAAAGGUACUACAGACUUUUGAGACGGCGGGGAGUGCAUAAUUGUGAGUGUGUUGGAUUCGCUCUUUCUAGACCAUGUGGAUGUCUUUAGCGGAAAGACCUAUAUUGGCAGGUUGUGAAUGAUAUCGUAAUCAGCUUAUGCAGCAAACGAAUUCCGUAAUCGCAGAGGAGUCUGAACUGAGGUAGAAGAGCCGAUAGAGCCAACACAAGAGCUCAUCUCAGCUAAAGAUAGCAUUGCAAGGAGGGUUCCAAGUGGGGAUGUGUGAAGAAUUUCGAAGAUGCCUUCGCCACGGUUUACCGUAGCUUAUGCCCUGACUCCAAAGAAGACCCGGAGCUUCAUGCAACAAAAACUGGAGGCCCAAGCCAGGUCGAGGGGGAUUACAUUUGUGGCCCUUGAUCGUAAUAGAGCACUCAUAGACCAGGGGCCUUUUGACGUCAUUCUCCACAAGUUGGCAGGAAAGGAAUGGCGGCAAGAGCUAGAGGACUACGUGCAGAAAUUCCCAGAUGUGAUAGUUUUGGAUCCACCGGGUGCAAUUCAGCAACUCAGGAAUCGACAAUCUAUGUUACAAGACGUAGCAGACUUAAGACUCACCGAUUCUGAUGGACAAGUACGAGUUCCAAAGCAACUGGUGGUUGUCGGUGAUUCGUCCUGCAUUCCAUCCUCCGUAGCUGAAGCAGGAUUGAAGCUGCCUUUGGUUGCAAAGCCAUUGGUGGCUGAUGGUUCUGCCAAGUCACAUGCCAUGUCACUUGCAUAUGACCGUUUUGGGCUAUCUUCCCUGGACACUCCCCUUGUUCUUCAAGAAUUUGUGAACCACGGCGGUGUACUGUUCAAAGUGUACGUUAUUGGUAAUGCUAUCAAGGUAGUACGAAGAUAUUCUUUGCCCGAUCUAGGCGAAGGAGACCAAGUAGGUUUUGGUGUGAAGUCUUUUCCAAGGGUUUCCUCUGCAGCCGCUACUGCCGAAGAAGCUGACUUAGAUCCAGAAGUCGCAGAGUUGCCACCUCAGCGGCUCCUCGACUGCUUAGUGGCCGAGUUACGUACAAGACUGGGGUUGUCACUCUUCAACUUUGACAUGAUCCGAGAAGGAGGUGCUGGAAAUUGUUACUACGUUAUUGACAUCAAUUAUUUUCCUGGCUAUGGCAAGUUGCCAGAUUAUGAGUUGUUGAUCACUGAUUAUCUAGUAGAGUUGGCAAGGAGGAAAGGCAAGAAGCUUGGAUCAGGAGGACCUGCUCUUGCUUUUGAGGAAAGCCCUAGUGCAUCGUGAAAGUAUUUCCCUCGUCGAUGUUUUUAUUUUUACUUCAAAUUUUUUAAAUGCGUUUCAAGCCUCAAUAAUUAUCGCAAGAUUUGGUGCAUAAUCGACUGGGGGCACGGAUAGGCAUAAUGUUUAGUGAUUUCAUGACCAAAGUAAAUUGAGAGCUGGAAUUGUUACUAGGGUGCCAUUCUGAGCCAUGAAAUUAGUGUAGAUCCAAAAGUACUUUUGGUGGACACUAUCUUGAUGGUGGUAACAAACCUUGAAUUUUCCCUAUCAAGACACAAGAAGACUCCCGUGUUUUUUGAUACACAUUUUUCGUUCUUU